AUGGCGGACGAAAAGGUCAAGGAUACAGGAGGGUCGCAGGAUGUCGCCCUCACUAUCGACAAAAGCCAGAAUGAGAAGGCCUGCCAUGAAGACAACGCUGGUCAGGAUGAGAGGGACAGGUCGAAGUCCGCUCAGGGGCAGCCUGAGAGAGAGGCCACCUUUCAGGACUAUCUUCGUGUAUUCACCUACGCAAACAAGUGGGAUUUUGCCUUGAUGGCUGCCGGUGUCAUCUCUAGCAUUGGCGCUGGUGUGACUAUGCCCCUGAUGAAUGUUGUCUUUGGCAAGCUCAUGGGCGAGUUCACCAGUCUCGGAACCCCGAACGGCCCACCCGAGGACGUGUUCAGGGACACGAUAGAUCGCAUGUCGCUGUACAUGAUGGGCCUUUUCCUCGCCCGCUUCUGCCUCAACUACAUCAACAAAUUCUCUUUCCGUCUCAUCGGCAUCCGCAUGUCGGCCGGCAUCAGAAUGCACUAUCUCAGCAGCCUGUUUAGCCAAACUAUCCACGUGCUUGAUUCUAUGCCCCCGGGCGCCGCCGCCAGCACGAUCACCUCGACAUCGAACACACUUCAGCUCGGUAUUUCUGAGAAGCUUGGCACUUGUCUCGAGUACCUUGCAACCGUUAUAGCCGCCCUCGUCGUGUCUUUUACUUUCAGCUGGUCUGUGACCCUCGUGACCUGCUCCGUUGUCCUCUUCAUCUCGCUGGUCACCUCGAUUUUCCUGCCCUUCAUCAUCAAGGGACAGACACGGAUGUCAAAAGCCGAUAACAGGGCCACAGCGGUGGCCACUGAGUCUUUCAGUGCUAUUCGUAUGGUUGCCUCGUGUGGUGCCGAGAAUCGUAUGAGCCAGCGCUUCUCCGAAUGGGUCAAACAAGCCAAGCAGGCCAAUAUCUUCUCCGCUCCGUUCCUCGGCGGUCAAUUCGGAUCAAUUUUCUUCGCCGUCUACGGCACUUUUGCCUUGACUUUCUGGUUCGGCGUGAAGCAAAAGGUCGAAGGGCACAUUGAUGGCAUUGUUGAGAUCAUGAUCUGUGUGUUGUCGGUCACUAUGAUUGUCCCUUCGAUGGAGCGUAUAUCUACGUCCCUUGUGGCCGUCACCAAGGCCAUGGUUGCGGCUGCCGAGUUCUUCGCUGUUAUCGAUGCGCCCAAGCCCAAGAUGGGCACCCUCAAGGAACCUGAUGUUACGGCUGACCAAGAUAUUAUUUUCGAGGAUGUCCAUUUCGCCUAUCCGAGCCGCCCGUCCAAAAAGGUCCUCGACGGCUUGAAUUUGCGUAUACGGGCGAACAAGAACACUGCCAUUGUUGGUCCCAGUGGCUCGGGUAAAAGUACUAUCGUUGGUCUCAUUGAGGGGUGGUACUCGCUUCGUGAACAAGUCGUUAUCGCCAAGGCCGUCCAAAAGGACAAGAAGAAAGAAAAGAAGGGCAAGAAGGAGAAGGAAGAGGACACUGACGAGGACAUUUUGGCUCCCAUCGAUGCGGAGGAGGAAACAGGCCCUCCAGUCGAGCUGAAAGGCCGUAUCUCGACUUGCGGGAAAACUCUCGAGGAAAUCGACAUGAAAUGGUGGAGGUCACAGAUCGGCCUUGUGCAGCAGGAGCCUUUCCUCUUCAAUGACACCAUCUUCAAUAAUGUCGCGGCCGGCCUGAUUGGGACUCAGUGGGAGAAUGAGCCAGAAGAAAUCAAGCGUAAGCUCGUCAAGGAGGCGUGUGUCGAAAGCUUCGCGGACGAGUUCAUCGACCGGCUGCCAGAUGGUUAUGACACUAUCGUGGGCGACUCGGGUGCCAAGUUGAGCGGUGGUCAGCGUCAGCGCAUUGCCAUCGCCCGAAGUAUCAUCAAGAAGCCCAAGAUUCUCAUCCUCGACGAAGCUACUUCGGCCAUUGACGUCCGUGGAGAGCGCAUCGUGCAAGCUGCUCUCGAGAGAGCCUCUAAAGGCCGGACCACCAUCACCAUCGCUCACCGGCUGUCUACUAUCAAAAAUGCUGAUUGCAUCUGCGUUUUGAAGGCCGGACGUGUGGUUGAGGAGGGUACGCACGAGAGUCUCCUUGCCAAUGAGGGUGGCGUUUACUCCGGUCUUGUUCAUGCCCAGAAACUUUCUCUUGGUGAGGAAACGGGUGAAGAACUCCUCGAAGAAGAGGACAUCGGCGCUGUCUUGGCCCGCGAGAAGAGUGCGGCUAAGAUUGAGGGUGAGAGCUUCAAGGAGGAGACAACCUGGAAAGACCGCAAUCUCAUCAAUGGUUUUGGAAAAUUGUUGUACGAGCAGCGGAGUCGUUUCCCGCUCUAUAUCAUUGCGCUUCUGGGUUCCAUGGGUGCAGCAGCGGCAGUGCCCCUUUUAGCCUAUCUCCUUUCCAGGGUUGUCGGUACCUUCCAACUUCAAGAUGACGACAAGCUCAUGGACGAGAUCACAUUUUGGUGCAAGAUGUGGGCUGUUCUUGCUGCCGGGGUUGGGACAUCGUAUGGCUUGACAUCUUUUGUAUGCACGCACUUGGAAAGCCACAUCGUCGCUGUUUAUAAGAAGGAGUACUUCGAGUCUAUCCUCUUCCAACCGACUGCCUACUUUGACAAGGACGACAACGCCAUCGGCCAGCUGACAUCACGCCUUUCGAGUGACCCGCAGGCUCUCAAGGAACUUCUGGGUAUCAACCUCAUGAUGAUGAUCAUUGGUAUCCUCGGUAUGGUGGGAGCUCUGAUCAUUUCGUUCGUGUAUGGCUGGAAGCUGGCACUUGUGGCUUUGUGCGUCACGGUACCCAUCGGUAUUGUCUCUGGUUUCUUCAGAGUCCGGUACGAGAUCCAGUUCAAUGCCAUGAACCAGGCGGUCUUCCAGGAAAGCUCCAAGUUUGGUGCCGAAGCGAUCGGCGCUUUCCGGACGGUCAGCUCACUGGUGAUGGAACAAAGCAUUUGCGACCGAUACCAGCGGCUGCUGCAUGGUCAUGUCGUGGCAGCUUUCAAGAAGGCUCGAUGGGCAACUCUCAUUAUCUCUUUUGCUGACAGCUCUAACAUCGGCUGCCAGGCACUCAUCUUCUGGUAUGGCAGUAGACUGUUGUUGAGUGGAGAGUAUGAUGUAGUGGCCUUCAUGGUGACGUACAUGGCCAUGAUUCAGGGUGCUGAAUCUUGUGGUACUUGGCUGAGCUUCGGUCCCAAUGCUGCGCAGGCCCAAGCAGCAGCAAAUCGUAUCCUCCAGGCUCGCGAGACGCGCAUCAAGGACGACAUCUCACGGUCGGAGCAGAUUCCAGACACCGAGGGUGGCGUCAAGAUCGAACUCAAGGAUGUUCAUUUCAAGUAUCCGACGCGCGAUGUGUCCAUUUUCAAGGGCCUCAACAUCACAAUUGAGAAGGGCCAGUUCGCUGCCUUAGUGGGUGCCUCGGGUUCAGGCAAGACGUCCAUCAUCAGCCUGCUCGAGCGCUUCUAUGACCCUAUCAAGGGCGAGAUCCUGUUCAAUGGCAAGAACAUCCAGGCGAUCAACGUCUAUGAGCACCGCAAGCUCUUGUCGCUAGUGGCCCAAGAGCCAUCACUCUUCCAUGGCACGAUCCGGGAGAACAUCCUACUGGGCGUCGAUCCGGACUCCGUCACUGAAGAGCAACUUUACCAGGCCUGCCGGGAUGCCAACAUACAUGACUUCAUCGUUUCCUUGCCCGAGGGUUACAAUACCAACAUUGGUAGCCGCGGUGUGAGCUUGAGUGGUGGGCAGAAGCAACGCCUUGCUAUUGCUCGGGCGCUUAUUCGCAACCCGCGCGUGUUGCUGCUGGAUGAGGCUACGAGUGCCCUCGAUUCUGAAAGCGAGAAGCUGGUUCAGGCAGCUUUUGAGCGCGCGGCUAAGGGUCGCACAAUGGUUGCGGUUGCACACCGGUUGGCGACGAUCCAGAAUGCCGAUAUUAUCUAUGUCUUGGGUGAGGGUAAGGUCAUCGAGAAAGGCACACACGCGGAGCUGCUCAAGCAGAAGGGAGUCUAUUGGCAUAUGUGCCAUAACCAGGCCCUUGACAGGUAG